CAAGAAUUCCUCUUGUCACCCGUGCUAUCCACCACAUUUUAGUUUCUCUGCCAGUGGUUGGUUGCAGACAGGCACAGCGCGCAAGAAGCACCCUUGAUCAACCCUGCCGUAUCCCGACCCACUCCAUCUCCUCCUUCCCCCCCCCCAACGCUGAUCCCUGCCUCUUUUCUGCCUGUCGCCAUGGCUGACACUGAGCCGAAGCAGGCUCGGCCUGCCAGCCUAAAGAACGACAACAACGGCAGCCGCAGCAAGUCGUCCGAUAUCAAGAGGAACAAGAGCAAGAGGACAAAGCGGACACAAGAUGAGGAGGGCGCAACGCCUGGACGUCAGGCUGUGGUGCGGACGGCGGCGUGUAUUGCCGCCCUCGUGAUGGGUUCAUGGUUUGGCCUCGGCCUCAUGACCUUCCUCAUGCUGUCGGCGCUCAUUGCAUUCUCCCGCUUCCGCGAGCGCCAACUCAAGACAAAGCACAAGGUUGUGCAGAACCACCGAUCGCUCAUGCACCGCAGUGGCUUCACCACGCUCUUUGCUGGCGGCCUCAAGCAGUUUGCCCCCAGCUGGGUCACCUACACAGAGACAGAAAAGUCCAACACCGUCAACGCCGCCCUGGAGCUGCUUUGGCCUUCCAUCAAAGCCGCAACAGAGGAGGCCGUGCUUGCAAGCAUGACGGGCCUCCUGGCCAUGUAUCGCCCGUCCUUCCUGUCCACCCUCAAGUUUGAUGUGUUUGAGCUCACCAACGACCCGCCAAAAGUCGUCUCCGUGAACCAGGUUGAGCUCGACGACGGUGGCAUUGCGCUUGACCUGCGCAUCACCCUGCGUGGCGAGUCCAACAUUGUGCUCGUCGCAGGUGCGCGUGCCUUCAAGGCCAGCGUGCGCGUGCAGGACCUGGAGGUGGAAGCGACCGUGCGGCAGCUGCUGUCACCUCUGUCCUCCGAGCCGCCGUUCUUCGAGGCCAUGAGCACCAGUUUCGUCGGCAAGCCCCGCCUCUCCUACACCCUCCAAGCCGGCAAGAUCCCGUUCCACCUUGAGCGCUUCAUCAAGCACCUGCUGAGCGAGGUGCUGGCCAACCAGCUUGUGUGGCCGAAGAAGGUGGUGGUGCCCAUGGUUGAGGAUGAGGCCCAUCUGAGCUACCUCAUGUCCAGCGCCGCGCAGGGGGUGCUGCGUGUCACUGUCGUGCGUGCACAGGACCUGAUCAAUAUUGAGGCGCUUGGCAAAUCAGACCCAUAUGUAAAGGCGAUGAUCCGCGGCGACUGCGACGUGUUCCGCACCAAGACCGUCUUCAACAACCUCAACCCGGAGUGGAACGAGUCGCACGAGUUCCAGGUGUAUAACCUCUCCCACGACACCCUGCGCAUCUCCGUGUACGACCACGACAAGGCUGGCCACGACGACAUCAUGGGCAAGUGUGAGGUGGCGCUCGACACGCUGCCUGCGGACAUUGAGCUUGAGAUGCAACGCAGCCUGGUCAUCUCUGGCAAGCGCGGUGCCGGUACACUCAACCUAAUUCUGCAGUACAAGCCCUUCAUCUUUGAGCCCAUGAUCCCCAACACGCCGCCCAGUGACAUCUGGAGCGCUGGCUACCUCUACGUUGACGUGCGCAAGUGCACCAACAUCCAAACAGACAAGCCAGUCGCCGUGACGGUUGGCUACGGCUAUGAGACGGGGACGAAGAAGACGCUUGCCGUCGCUCCCUUCCGUGGCGAGGCGGUCUACGAGCAAGGCUUUGCGUUUCCGAUUGACCGGUUCUCGGGGAUGCCGACACAGAUUCGCUUCACACUCGACCGCAAGUUCGGGACUGCCACUUACGAGUUUGACCCAGAGGACCUCUACUCCCACCGCGUCGGACAAUACGUGGAGGUUGCGUGCGACACCGAUGCGCUGAUCGCCGUACACGUGACCCUUCGCGCCGUCAACGCCACAUACACGGGUGGGCGCUCCAUCUUCCGCAGCGGAAGCGUCGUCUCCCGCAAGUCUGCACUCACCCGCGCCAGCGUGAGCCAGAAGCUUGAAGGCAAAGGCGCAGACGCCGCUGCGCUGUUGGAGGCGUCGAUAGACGACGGAUGGACGGACCCGGCGUCCCGCCGCUCGUCCGAUCAGACGACAGAUGGCAGUCGGCGCCAGUCAUCGGCGAGCAGCAUCUCCACCACCCAGCGCAGGCAGCAGCUCGCAGAGACAGCGGCAGCAGACGGUGAUGGCGAAGAGGAGCAGGAGGGGCAGUCCUCCUUCAAGCGCUAUCUCGGGCUUGCGCGCAAGUACAGUGUCAUCGGCAAGCAGUCGUUUGACGGCCUGCCCUCGGACGUGCAGGGCGCAGCGCUGCUCGUUGGUCUCCUGUUUGUUGUGCUGUUGUUCUCGCAUGUGUGGCGUCUGUCUGGUGUUGGCUGGGUGUGCCUGCUGUCGGCGGUGGCGUUUGCGCUGUACGACGCGUACCGUCGCGCCAGCCCCCGCGCACCCCCGCGGGUGAACCAGCAGCCCGACAAGCCGAAGGACGGCACGAAGCUGACGGCAGAGGAGGUGGUGCUGCUGCACGACGCGCUGCCCAUGUGGUGCAAGGACCCGUCGUGGGACAAGGCGGAGUGGCUGAACGAGCUCAUCGCUGGCAUCUGGCCGCGGGCGAAGGAGGGCAUUGGCUCUAUGAUUGACGAGGCAAUCCAGGACACCGUGGACAAGAUGCAGCAGGAGGGCACGCUGCCUGUGGACUCUGUGCGCGUGGAUGUCACGUUUGGCAAGCCGCCGCUGGUGUCUGCGCUGCGCGCCAUCAAGAACACCUACAUCAACUCCCGCGUCAUGCUUGACCUCGACUUGGAGAUUGGCAAUGACGUGCAUGUGAUGGCCCACAUCACAAAGUCCAAGUUCACGGUCCCCAUUGAAGUGCGCGACCUGUGUCUGACAGCGCGCCUGCGUGUUGUCCUGCGGGAUUUCGUGCCGGUGUUCCCCUGCUUUGCCAACGCGGAUGUGUCGCUGCUGUCGGUGCCCAACUUCGACUUCAACCUCAACAUCUUCCACAUCCCCAUCAUGAACGUCCCCUUUCUCACCUUUGGCAUCAACACCGCUGUCGAGCGGUUUGCGCUGCGCGGGAUGGCGGAUAUGCAGCUGCUGUGGCCGCGUGUGUUCAGCGUGGAGAUCUUCGAUCCAAACGACAUUGUUGUGAAGCGCAGCCUGCGUGUGCCGCCCGCUGGUCUCCUGCGCGUGCACAUCCGCAACGCCAAGGGCCUGAGGAAGGCGGACCGGCUGAGCGAGUCUGAUCCAUAUGUGACGAUGAUUUAUCAGGAGGGCGAUGGCAUCAAGGCCAAGACGAAAGUGAUUCAGGACAACCCCAACCCGGUGUGGGACGAGCACUUUGACUUUAUCAUCAUGAACCGGGCGCGCCGCUACCUCACGUUCACAUGCAAGGACUACGACCGGGUGGGUUCGCACGACACGCUCGGGUUUGCCGAAGUGACGACAGACACGCUGAUGGAUGCCCCAGACACCAUCAUCGAACGCACCUUCGACUUCCAAUACAAGGGCAAGCCUGCCGGGUUCAUGAACGUCGAGUUUGAGUUUAAGCCGUUCCAACCAACGGUUGACAAGGCCUACUUUGAUCACGACAGAGAGGAGCACGCCAUUGGUGCGCUGUUUGUGGACGUGAUCCGGUGCAUGUCGCUGCCAGAUAUGCAGUCGCCACGCGUCACCCUCACCGUCGGCGCAACGCAGCUGUCAACGAGCUCCAAGUCCGGCAGCAACCCGGUGUACCACGAGAAGUUUUCGCUGCCGGUCAAGGACAUUCUCACGGAAAAGGCUGUGUUUGCUGUUGUUGAGACGCAGCGGCUGCGCAAGAAGCAGGCCAAGUGCUCGCUGACGGUUGAACUGAAGGAGGUGGCGCACCACGGCGUGAUGCAGGACGUGUUUGACCUCGAGGGCGGCGGUCGCAUUGAGGUGCGCAUUGAGCUGCGGACGGUGAAGCCAGACGAGGAUGUGACAGCGCGGCGGCGCCUGACGUGGGCAGACUACAUAGACCUGCGCGACAAGAUUGAGGCCGAGCGCCAGGAGGAGGAGCAGACACACCCACUCGUCGUCGGCUCAAAGGCUGGCGUGGGCGUCGAUGAAGAGAAGCACACGCCAGAGUUUGAAACGGAAAACGAGGAGACGCCAGCAGUUGUUGGUGCGCCCACCAAGCCUGGGUUCCUCCUGCUCAACAUCAUUCGUGGCGAGAACCUGCCCGCCGCCAACUCAAACGGAUUCAGCGACCCGUACGUCUCCAUCGAGUGCGAACACCGCAAGAAGCGCACGCAGUGGAAGAAGCGCACCAUCAAUCCUGAGUGGAAUGAGAAGUUGGAUUUCCGGAUCAACGAUCCUCUCAACAGCGUUGUCACCUUCCACGUCAAAGACCACGAGCACUGGACGCGGAACAAGGUCCUUGGCAGCUUCUCUGUGCCAAUUUCCUCUGUGUCGACGCUGAAGGAGACGGUGACCAACUAUCAGCUCGAGAAUGCGCGUGGCACCAUCACCAUGGGCCUCAUGUUCCAGGAAAACCAGACCGCCGACCCGAAGCACCAGAAGAAGAGCCCUCGUGUUGAGAGGCGGGAGCCGCCAGAGCCCGAACGGCGCUCGUCCCAGACACCCUCGCUCAACGACAGCGAGAACGAGAUAUUCGUGUGAUGAUGGUGAUGGACCGAUGGGAUGGUGAUGGUGGUGGAAUGCGCACCGUCAACCUGUUGCUUAUGUUGCUGUUGCCUUUGUUAUUCGUGUUGUGUGCUCUUGAUGUGCGUGCUUCCUGUUACCGAGCCUUCUGUCCUGUUUCGUUCUUCAACCCCUUACAUACAACACAGCAUGGAACAUCCCCCCCUCCCCUACGCCUUGCUUUCUC